AGAUCCUGAGCUGAUUAAACAGUGUGUAGAAGAGUGCAAGGCGAGGAUAGAGUUGGGACUUCAUUAUCACAACCCGUAUCCGAGGCCUAUUCAUUUGCCACCCAUGGGCCUCGCUCAGCCACAAGCCCGGGCAUUUCGACACCAGGAAAAGCUAAGGAAAAUCUCUAAACCGAUUUAUUUGAAAUCUCACGAUGAAAUUUCAUAGCCCCUGAUCCAGCCGGAGGUCGACAUCGUCUUAAGACUACCGGACCGAUGCACCUGGCAUGACUACCGGUGAAAAUGAAAUUGGUACAGUUACCACCAGGUGAUUUUUUUUUUCCUCCCCAAAGGUCGGGAAUCCACUUGGUCCCAAAGAGAGAUGAGAAGAAGGAGCUAAAUCUCCCUUGUGUGAAAAGAAAGAAGCAUUGUGAGGAAAUAAAUAAAAAAAUGUGAUUUAAAAAAAAUAA